CUCUCUCUCUCUCUCUCUCUCUCUCUCUCUCUCUCUGCGUUCCUCUUCAGACAAAACCGCUCUUCACUCUCUUCUUCUUCUUCUUCUUCUUCUUCACCGAGCAUUUAUGCUUCCUCGCUUUGGCUCCAUGCGAGGAAGCUGAUGAGUGCUUGGAUUCUCCCUCCCUCUCCUCCCUCUCUCUUUCUCUCAAUCUGACGCACAGAGAUUCCUCAUCCGUCGCACGGGCCAAUCCCAUUUCAGCUUCUCGGAUCUCUUCCCCGUCCCCCUCCCAGGUGAUUCUUCCAUGAUCGUUGGUUAGGCGCGGCGCGAGUUUCCCUCCGCAGCUGAAGACGCCGGCCGCUCUCUCCGUUGAAGCAGUUGGAAGUGUUCACUUGUGUUAUGGAUUUCCGGAAGUGUACUUCCUUUGGUGGGCCACUUUCUCCUGGCAUGAGACCAUUGUUGCUCCCAAAUAAUGGGGCUGGAGUUGGUGAAUAUGAAAAGCAAGAGAGAGCGGCUAGUCAUGCUACUGAGAAUGAUAUAGAUGUUGACCUUGGAGAAAUAUACUUCUUGAUUAUGCAUUUUCUGUCUAGUGGGCCAUGCCAGAGGACAUUUGUGCACCUUCAGAAUGAGCUUUUGGAACAUCAACUUCUGCCUAGGAGAUAUCAUGCUUGGUUUUCAAGGAGCAGUGCACAUAGUGGCAAUGAAGAAGACAAUGGGAUCUCUUUCCCUCUAAAUUAUAGUAAUUUGGUUGAAAGGUAUCCUCAUGUUUCGAAAGAUCACUUGGUAAGGCUUAUGAAGAAACUCAUGUUGACUGUGGCUCCUCCACUACGUAGCAAGAUUGGAAUAAAGGUUCCCAGUGCAGCUGAUGUCCCUACGUUGCUGGGAACUGGUUCCUUUUCGCUCCUGGAUUGUGACGGAACUGUGGCAAAGAAGCCUUUUAAACCUUUACCAGCCUACUUGCUGUGGCCUCACAUGCAUGCUGACCAGGUUCGUGGUCUAUUUUUGAGGGAAAUUGGAGGAGGGUUCAGAAAACAUCAUCGGGCCCCGUCAAUUCACUCUGCCUGUUAUGCAAUUGCUAAACCAUCUAUGAUGGUUAAGAGGAUGCAAAAUAUUAAGAAGCUAAGGGGACAUCGAGUUGCUGUCUAUUGUGCCAUAUUUGAUCGCUCAGGAAGAUAUGUCAUUACUGGUUCAGAUGAUCGCCUCGUCAAGAUUUGGUCAAUGGAAACAGCAUUUUGCCUUGCCAGCUGCCGUGGACAUGAAGGUGAUAUUACAGAUUUGGCUGUUAGUUCUAACAAUGCCCUGGUGGCAUCUGCUUCAAAUGACUUCGUAAUCAGAGUUUGGCGCUUGCCAGAUGGAGUGCCAAUUUCAGUUUUGCGUGGACAUACUGGAGCCGUAACUGCUAUUGCAUUUAGCCCAAGGCCCAGUUCUGUGUACCAACUCCUAUCGUCCUCGGAUGAUGGAACUUGUCGGAUCUGGGAUGCUAGAUAUUCUCAAUGUACUCCAAGAAUUUACCUGCCAAAACCUCCAGAUGCUGUUGCAGGGAGGAGUAAUGCUGUCUCAGCUGGCGAACCCUCUUCUAGUAUGAAUCCACAGAGCCAUCGAAUACUGUGCUGUGCUUACAAUGCCAAUGGAACUGUCUUUGUCACUGGUAGCUCUGACACUUUUGCAAGGGUCUGGAAUGCUUGUAAAACUAAUACAGAGGAAUCAGAGCAACCAGUUCAUGAGAUGGAUAUCUUGGCUGGUCACGAGAAUGAUGUUAACUAUGUGCAGUUCAGUGGAUGUGCUGUGGCUACUCGAUCAUCAAUCUCUGACACUUUGAAGGAGGAAAAUAUACCUAAGUUCAAAAAUUACUGGUUCUCUCAUGACAAUAUAGUUACUUGUUCUCGUGAUGGAAGUGCAAUUAUAUGGGUGCCAAGAUCACGUAGAUCUAAUGGGAAAGGUGGACGCUGGACACGUGCAUAUCACUUGAAAGUUCCUCCUCCCCCUUUACCACCCCAACCACCCCGAGGAGGUCCGCGUCAGAGAUUCCUUCCUACUCCAAGAGGCGUUAAUAUGAUUAUGUGGAGUUUGGAUAAUCGCUUUGUACUUGCAGCUAUUAUGGAUUGCCGGAUAUGUGUAUGGAAUGCAGCUGAUGGUAGUUUAGUCCAUUGUUUGACGGGUCACAGUGCAUCUUCUUAUGUCUUGGACGUUCAUCCAUGGAAUCCUCGGAUAGCCAUGAGUGCUGGGUAUGAUGGAAAAGCAAUUGUUUGGGAUAUAUGGGAAGGAACGCCUAUUCAAGUAUAUGAAAUUGGACGCGUUAAGUUGGUCGACGGAAAAUUUUCUCCGGAUGGGACUUCUAUUGUUUUUUCAGAUGAUUUUGGUCAAAUCCAUCUGGUAAAUACUGGCCAAGGGGAGUCCCAAAAAGAUGCCAAAUAUGAUCAGUUCUUUCUCGGGGAUUAUCGCCCACUUAUCCGUGAUACUCUAGGCAAUGUCCUUGAUCAGGAGUCCCAGCAACCCCCACACCGAAGAAAUUUUCAAGAUCCACUAUGUGACUCGAGUCUGAUUCCAUAUUCCGAACCAUAUCAGACCAUGUACCAGAAACGUCGGCUUGGUGCCCUUGGUAUGGAGUGGCGUCCUUCACCCACAAGAUUUGCUGUGGGCCCAGAUUUCAGUCUAGGCCAGGAUUAUCAGGUGCCACCAUUGGCUGAUUUGGAACGGAUGAUGGAGCCAUUGCCCGAGUUUAUCGAUGCCAUGUACUGGGAACCUGACAAUGAGAUUAUGACUGACGAUAAUGAUUCAGAAUAUAAUGUUGCUGAGGAAUAUUCCAGUGAAGGUGAGAGGCAAAGUUUAAGCAUCGGUUUCUAUAGUGAUCCUGACUGCAGUGCUGCAGACAGUGAAGACGAGCGGAAUAAUAAAGAUGGGCGACGGCGGUCGGGAAGGAAUAGACGUAGUACUGAAGUUGAGCCAGUCUCUUCUGGGAAACGGACAAGGAAGAGGAAUCUGGAUGACUGUGAAGGUUCUAGCUCCAGGAUUAUUCGAAGUAAGAAACCAAAAAGUCGCCAGAAAGGUUCCAAGCAAAGAUCUUCCAGAGGAAAUGCCUUGAGACCUCAGAGAGUCGCUGCAAGGAAUGCUCUGACUAUGUUUUCUCAGUACAGUGGAACAUCUACUGGGGAAGAAGAUGAUGACGACUUGGAAGAUUCUUCAUCAGAGAGAGAUUCCGGGCCACUGAAAUUGAAAACUGAAAGAAGUGAAACUGAAAGGAAAUUGCCUAGUGUGCGGCAGGAGGAAUGUAGGAAUGAAAACGGACAAAUUUACAGGCCUGCGGAGGUCCCUGAAUGUCAGCCGAAUGCUGGUAACAGGAAGAGAUUGGUCCUCAAGUUUAUGCUUCGUGAUUCCAAGAAAUCAGUGUCUUCAGAAAAUGUCAAAACAGAAGCUGAUGCAGUGAACUCGUCUUCUAAACAUUCUCUACAAAGUCUGGAAAAUAAGAUUUGUUCGAUAUCCAAGGAUGUUGCAGCCUGUUCUGGAGAUGCAGGAGAUGUGCAAUCGUCCUUGGAUGAGAACAGACACAAUCUCAUCUCUGAAGGGCUAGGGGAAAAUGCUUGCAAUACCAUAAAGGUGCGAACUGCUGCCAGUGAGGAUAGGGAUGCAAUUAAAUGGGGGGAAGUCAAAGUUCGAUCAGCAGCAUGCUUGAAGUCAGACGUGUUUCCAACUGAAGAACUUGAUGGAUCCAACCCUAGCUUUAGUUUUCAGCAGGAAAAUAUGAAUUCCAUGAAAAGGGAUGAGGGACCGUCUGAAACCAACACACUGGGUAAUGACUCUGCCCUUAGAGCUGAGCAUUUUGUCCCUCCCAAGGAUGCUCAUAUGUUUACAUCCAAUGAGCUGCCCACUGUGACUGGGCUGCGCCUGGAAGGCAACCCCACUCCAGUGCAAGAGAGCCCUCCGAAGCGAUCAACCAUCCUUAGAAUUAAGACAAAGGGUUUACCGAAGCUCACAACUCCUGGUGGUUUUACUGGGGAUGAAACUGAAGAUGAUGUAAAACAGAACAAACCGAACUUCGGAGUUCGCAGAGAGCAUGAAGGUACUACAGAAAGAAUCAGCUCUGAAGAUGAAGACGUUGAAUCUGAUUUCCCUGAGAAAGCAACUGAUGCCGUACGUAGAAAAAGGUCCAUGAAGAUGAAGGCAACAUCAAGAGAGCCCAACACGACAAACUUUACUUUUAGGUUUAGGAGAUAUGAGAAUGCAGGGACUUCAAGAUCACUGGACUUCCCUAGGAAAGUGUACAAUGAGCACCUUAAGCAUCAGAUGCCCACUUCCAAACUGACGGUGAGAUCAAAGUCUAACAAAACUAGAAUGGAUGAUGUACUUGAUAAUGAUCAGGGCUCUCCUCAAGGAAGUAACUCAGGACAGGGUAAACAAUCAUGGCUUAUGUUGUCUGAGCGCGAGGAGGGAUACCGAUACAUUCCUCAGAUGGGUGACGAAGUCAUUUAUUUGAGACAGGGCCAUCAAGAGUUCAUUGAGUCAAGCGGCUCAUCAGAUAAAGGUCCUUGGAGAGUGUUCAAAACCCUUAGGGCUGUUGAAAUUUGCAGAAUUGUAGGCUUUGAGUAUGCUGCCAGUCCUGGUUCAGGGGACAGCUGCUGUAAACUUACUCUCCAAUUUGUUGACCAGGCCUCAAGCGUUCUGGGUAAAUCUUUCAAGCUGACACUUCCUGAACUUGUAAAUUUCCCUGACUUUCUAGUUGAGAAGACGUGGUACGAGAAUUCCAUGAGUAGAAAGUGGAUUGUUGGGGACAAAUGUCAAGUAUGGUGGAGGGAAGAUACUAAAGCGGGUGGUAGUUGGUGGGAAGGUGAGAUUGUUUCCUCCCAGGCAAAGUCGUAUGAAUUCCCCGAUAGUCCCUGGGAAAGGUAUGAUGUCCAUUAUCAAGAAGAUGCUGGGAGCUAUCACCACAGCCCAUGGGAAUUGCACGAUCCUGAUGUUCUGCGCAGCCAGCGCCUGAUAGAUGGUGAUAGUAAAGAUAUCCUCCUGUCUCUUCUUGCUUCAUUGGAGCGGUCGGUUGCUAAAAGUCAGGACUAUUACGGUUUUCAGAAGUUGAAAGAACUUGGUCAAAAGCCGGACUUUUGCAACAGGUUCCCAGUACCUAUCUGUCCGAAACUGAUACAGCAGAGGUUGGAGAUCAGUUACUUUCGGAGCGUGGAGGCGGCAAAGCACGAUAUACGGGUGAUGCUCUCCAAUGCCCAGUCUUACUAUGCCUCCAACAGUGACAUGUCAACCAAGAUGAGGCGCCUCUCUCACUGGUUUGACCAGGCAUUCUCAAAAUUGUAGGGACAGCAAUCAUAUUCCAAAGUGUGUGCACAAUUUGAUCCAACUUGUUACUAUACUAUUUAGGAUACUUCACAUGAGAUUAGAUAGGAGAUGAGGUCGAUUGGAAAAUGAUCACACUGCACGAAAUCGUCUGUAUGAUAAGCUGUAGAAUAUUUCAUCGACGGUUUCGCUCCCUUAAUUGAUUGAAGAUAUUGUUGAAUUUGUGCACAGUUAUCUUGGGUAGAAAGCCCCUUCUCUGUAACCGUUAUAUGAUUCUUUAUUUCCUCUAAUUUCCACCCCGCACUCUUGUGAUGUUCUUGAGA